AUUAAGGCAUGUUUCAUGUUAUUUGAUACAAGUGACAAACAAUAACUAUAAAUUAUUUUUAUUACUAGAAUUGUUGUAAUUUUUGAGCUCCGUAAUGGUGAAAAGUAAGGUUAUGUACUACCGUGUUUACCAUCACCCACUCGUUGGUAUUGUUGCGCGCGCAUCGGUGGCCAAUGACUAAUGCGUUGUGCCUGCUGUGGCCUGAGAGAAAUUCAGACGACUCAUUUGUUCACAUGUUCACUGUCGCAACACAGCUCUUAUCCGCGGCCAGGCUUGGAUUCAAUUGUGUUUAAUAUAUGCACCAUGGGACAACCAGAUUUAAAUUACUUGAAGAUGGUUAUACGGAGUGUUUUAACAAGCUCUCCGGGUAAAGUGACAAUAUCGCAAAUAUCAACUGACUACUCUGAUUUUGAAGGUUGUAAUUUAUCAUUUGAGCAUUUGGGAUUCAAGACUAUUUAUGAGUUACUAGAAAAUAUGUCUGAUGUUCUUAGAGUAAGUUGAAAAAAAUAUUUUAUUAAGAAAUUGCAAUACUUUUUUAGAUGAUUGUCAGAGCUUAUUUUAGGUAACUGCAUUCAAUAAAUUUGUACAAAAAAUAAUCAUAG